AUGAACAAAUCUUUUCAAGACAUUUCUACCAAGGUUAAUAACAAGAACAAGUCAUCUUCGACUCGGAAUGCUCGACCGAUGAGGGAUAUACCCAAAGAAUUAAAUCUCCAGAACAUUUAUAACCCACAAUACCAUAUAACUGAGCUUAUUUCAACAAAAAAACGAAAAUUUGAUGGUACACACAUCAAGAGACCACCUAACGGUUUUUUUCUUAUGAAGAACUGUUAUAUGCUGGAAUUGAGGAAACUUGGAUAUCGGUUCACUAUGCCAGAAAUUUGCCGCCAUUCCAAAAAGAUAUGGGCGGAGCUCCCAGAAUAUGCAAAAAAGAAUUAUGAAAGCUUGUCACUCCAAAGCCAAUGUUGUCAUCAAGAAUUAUACCCAAAUUACAAGUUUUCUCCGAAAAAACGGAACAACAGUUUUAAACAAUACUCACCCAAGCCUAAAAUUGAAGAUUUUGUAAAUAAAAACACUUCGGCGUUUAGUACAACUAAUUAUCUUGGAACCAGCAACCUUUCUUCAGAUAAAGAUUCGCGUUUAUCGAAUUCUUUGCUAUCGUCUGAGUCUGAGGCGUCAUCACUUAGUUCAAGUCCCGCAAAUUCUUUAGAUUUAUCAAUGUUUCUGACCCCUCCUUUAGGAGAAUUACCUUUCUUUGAAUCAUUCUCUUCACCAGGGUUAUUAUCUCCAGAAUUUUCAACAUCGUUACCAUCCUCAUUGUCAACAUCAUUGUCAACACCAUUGUCAACACCAUUGCAAACAUCGCCAUUGCCAACACCAUUGCAAACAUCACCAUUGCCAACAACAUUUUCAUCACCAUUGCCAACAUCAUUGCCACCAUCAUUUUCCACAUCAUCAUCAUUCGAAUCACAACCAGUAUUAAAUGAAUUGGGCACAUUUGAUCUCUUUCCAGAGAGUUUAGAAGGGGCACAAGAUUUUUAUUGGCCAAUUAUUUGGAAUCCAGACCUUUCAAAUAUCCAAAAUAACCAAAAUUACAUUUCUGAUUGCUAUGUAUAUAAUAAUUUUCUUCCUUUCAUGGCCGAUGAAGAUAACGGUCUACAAAUCCAAUUUUUCAAUCAGGAUGUCGUUGAGUCCGAAACAAUUUCAAACUACCCACAAUAUAGUCACGUGAAAUAG